AUGCCUCCGGAGGUCCUGCAUCGGAUUGUGGUGGAGAGCAAGGUGCUGCGGGCGAAAGACAUGGCGGCGCUUUCGGCCACCUCCAAGCACUUUCACACCGUUCUCCAUGAUCCGUUCUUUGAAAACAAGUGGUUUGCCAUGGCUGGACUGACGAACAACUUGGAGUGGGAGAGGUACCGAUGUGUGUCAUGGAUGUUGCGUCAGAGUGAGCUGAUGGCUGCGACUGCGCUUCAGACUCCCAUGGCGCGUCUCGAUCUUAGCGAGAUCUCUCCUGAUGAUGAUCAGUCUGUCUUUGCCUCGGUCUGCAAAUCAGUCUCGGAUCGCCCUGGUAUCGCCGUUGUUUGGUCCAUUGCCCAGCAUGCUGUAAGCUCGGCAAAGAGUAAGGGAGCGGACAAUGUCGAUGCCGCUCGCAACGAACUGCUCAACCAGGUCCUGUCGUCCAUCGACACCACCUCGCCAAAGGUCGCAAGAGACUUGAGCAUCGCAACCGCCUUGGUUGCUCGCAAGGGCUGUGUCUCACUCUUUACCAUUCUGGCCAGCGCUGUGGGCCUUGAGCUGCAAACCGCCCACUCGAUUGUGGUCAAGUGCAUCGUCGACUCGGGAUCGCCUGCUGUCAUCAACGCUGCCCUUUCGUCUUGCCUGAACGCUCGCCAGGACGGUGCGCUCUUGUGUGUCUCCCAUCUGCUUACUCUCGAUGACGUCGAGUACUCGCAAAAGGUGUACAACUCCGCAUUUGAGCUUGCUAUGUCGCUGGGCCAUUCCCGCGUUGCCCGUGCGCUCGUCUCAUCCGAGCGGUUUGCUCCGCUGCUUUACAAGACCUCGAAUGUACUGUGUGCUCUCGCCAAGCUUGGCGCCGACAAGGCUGUCGCCGCCCUCCUUGCCGAUGGCGGCGUUGAUCCGGCUGAACGCAACUGUCUCGUUCUGCGGCUUGCCGCCAGAACCGGGGCGGUCGGCAUCAUCGCCAUUCUUCUUGCUGAUGCCCGGAUCGACCCGGCCGUUCGCGACAACGAGCCCCUGCUCUCAGCUGUGGCUCAUGGCGCCGCGUCGGUAAUCCCACUCUUCCUCGCCGACGAGCGGGUCGACCCAACCGCCCGCGACAAUCAGGCCAUCUGCGAGGCUGUUCGCCUCGGCCACGCCGACGUCGUCGAGCUUCUUCUGGCUGAUUCCCGAGUCGACCCCGCCGCCCGAGACAAUGCCCCGCUCCGCACUGCUGUUGCCAGUCACGCCACGGACCUGAUCGACAAGCUACUUGCGACCGGCAAGGUUGACGCCUCGCUAGCGCCCGUCGUCCGAUCCAAGUCACCGGAACCCGCGCUCGCCCAGAGCAUCCUUGAGCGAUUCAAGGCCACCAAGUUCGCCUUUAAGGCGCGCAAGUAA